AUGGCCCAAAGGUCCACACGGACGUCUCGCCUCCCUCUUUCUUCCUUUCCAUUUCCACUCCGCGUCGCCACUUCGAUUCGGCUGAUUGCGCCCCCCACAAGCCACAAAACCCUCUUCCAGGACCAGAAGCAGCGCGGCGGAGCGGAGCGGAGAAAGCGCUGUCCGGGAAUUGGGUGGCCUUGCCCCCGUUCGCAGGCCAUGGGGUUCGAAAUGCGGCAAUGUGGUGCCACUGGAGUAGUAGUCAGACCUGGAGAGACUGUGAAGUGUGACCCAGGGGGUCUCUUUUGUCAUAUUUCACAGAUAGCACUACAGGCUGGCAAGGGGAAUGAGGAUGUGAGGAUCUUUAUGAAAGUUGAUGACAAAGAAUUUUUGAUCGCCACACUUUCAGAUGACAAAGUGUUCUGCCCAUUUAACAUAAUCUUCAUAAAAAAUGAUGUUUCAGACGAUGAAUCUUAUGAGGAGAUUCCAUUGGAUGUUCCACUAUACCCCAGUGUAGAUGUUGAUAAGAGCAAAGAAGCUGGAAGCAGUGCAGAGAAGCUUGCUGCACCGCCAGGGCCUGCUGCUAUUCAGUCAUCUACCUCGAAGGAGACAAUGGAUCCUGGGAAACUGCAAACUGAUAUUGGCUCUGAUGAUGAUGACAGUGAUGAAGACUAUGUUGAUUCAGAAGAGGGUGAAACUAGUGAUGAUGAGGAUUUCAGUGAUGACCGAAGGUCCCAGGAUUUCAGUGAUGAGGAUGCUAGUGAGAGUUCAAACGAAGAUGAUGAAGACUCCCCAAAGUGCGCUAAGGAUAAGAAUAGGCCAGCAGAAAAAACCUUGAAGACACCUCCAGAGAAAAAGGCCAGGAUGACAACACCAUCUAAGGGCAAGAACACUGAUGAGAAGUGCAGUGGUACUGGUAUGAGAAGUGGCUAUGUCCAUGUCGCCACCCCUUAUCCAUCCAAGCUGGUGAAGAAGACGUCUUCAAUCGUUGAGAGGCCUAAGCAACCUACUGGAUAUGCCUGCAACUCGUGCAGCAGUGACACUGGUACUGAAGAAGAUGAUAAGAGCAAAGACAGUAAAUGCGGCUUGGAGAAGCCUACUGCCACCGAGUCCUCUAAACCAACGAUUAGCUUGGAGGAAACAAAGGAUCCUGAUAAACCUAAAGCUGAUGCUGGGGGCACUGAAGAUGGUGAAAGUGAUGAAGAUUGUUGA